AUUAAUGGCCUCCGUCGCAGUCGAAAAAAAACCAUCGAUGGUACCGGCUGGACUGAAAUUGAACCAUCGAUAUUAUCAAUAGUGCCAUCGAUGGUUUUAUACCAAAUAUCUCGCCGAGACAAUACGACCCAGUUAACGUGCUUUAUCCAGGGAAUCCACUUCUCACCAGCGGACGCUGCGCCACAGCCAGAGUUCCGGGAUUAAAGGGCGGCGCAGCAGGUUCCGCUAUUUGGGAUUCCGGAUAGAGAGAAGGCAUCCAAGCCAACAGUCCCCGCAGUAAAACAACUGAGACACAAGCCGAUGCCCAGGAGUAGUCUGCUUCUAAGAUAUCCAGUUAAAGCGCCGGAUAAUGGCCGAUCGCGUCUUGUACCAGGAGUUGGCAACGACAGGCAAUCACUAUCGCCGCCCCAGGUCGGGAGUGGGGAGUCCCAACAUGGUCUAUGCCAAUGGGGGAGGAUCCUGGCGAGCAGCUCCAAGGCAACAGCAAAGGCAGCAGCAGCAGCUUCACCAGAAACCAAACCCUCAGCCGUUGUUCAACAGUCCAGCAGCUGGAGGAAGAUGUCUGGUGAAACAGGAAGAGCAGCCUAUGGACCCCACAGGAGCUGAAAUGGUGGGUUUACCGGCCACUCCGAGAACCACUAAGCAAGCGCGCAAUAAAAGCGAAGAAGCCAUCAAUGAUCUCCUUGUGCGAAUACCGGACAUUGGCCAACUGUUCGAUGUGCACAGCCGGAUUGGUAAUGGAACCUUUAGCACGGUUUUACUGGGAACUUUACGGCGGGAGUCGCAUCUGCCGGACAGUCUGCGCCGCAAGUUUGCCAUCAAACAUCAUAUACCCACCAGCCAUCCGGAUAGGAUAAUGAAGGAGCUGCAGUGCAUGACCAAAAUGGGGGGAACGGAUAACGUGGUGGGCAUCCACUGCUGCCUACGAUGUGACGCCUCUGCCGCUUUUGUGAUGCCCUAUAUGGCUCAUGACCGAUUCCAUGAUUUUUACACGCGGAUGGACGUGCCCGAGAUCCGGCUAUAUAUGCGAAAUCUACUCGUGGCCCUGCGCCAUGUCCACAAGUUCGAUGUCAUCCAUCGUGACGUGAAGCCAAGUAACUUUCUCUAUAAUCGUCGCCGCCGUGAGUUUCUCCUGGUCGACUUCGGCCUGGCCCAGCAUGUAAAUCCUCCGGUUAUGGGCUCUGCUGGAACUGGUGCCUCCUCCGCUGCCAACAACAACAACAAUAACAGUAAGCGACCACGCGAGCGGGAAACAACGGAGGCAGUGCAGCAAAGUGCAUCUGCGGAUGCAGGUUUGGGUGGAGCUGUUAAGCGUAUGCGUUUGCACGAGGAAUCCAGCAAGAUGCCCCUGAAACCGGUAAACGAUAUUGCUCAAAGCGAAAUGCAGCCGCCGGCCCUAGAUGGCUCCAAUCCCGUCCAGCAACAGCCAGUGCAGCAGCAGCAGACACAAGCGCAGAUGGAUCAAACAGCCUCCACUGCAUCCGGGAGCAAGUACAAUACAAAUCGGAAUGCCUCCGGAGCGGCCAACAACGCCAAAUGCUUUUGCUUCGCAAAUCCAUCGGUUUGCCUCAAUUGCCUAAUGAAAAAGGAGAUACAUGCCUCUAGGGCAGGAACACCUGGCUAUCGACCGCCUGAAGUUUUGCUCAAAUAUCCGGAUCAGACCACCGCCGUGGAUGUUUGGGCGGCAGGUGUGAUUUUCCUCUCGAUCAUGUCGUCGGUGUAUCCGUUUUUUAAGGCACCCAACGAUUUUAUUGCCCUGGCCGAGAUUGUCACCAUAUUCGGGGAUCAGGCCAUUAGGAAAACGGCUUUGGCCUUGGAGCGCAUGAUUACAUUGAGUCAGAGGUCCAGGCCACUUAAUCUCCGCAAGCUGUGCCUGCGUUUUCGCCAUCGUUCCGUUUUCAGUGAUGCCAAGCUUCUAAAGAGCCAUGAAUCUGUGGAUGGAAGGUGCGAGGUGUGCAGGAACUGUGAUCAGUACUUCUUCAACUGCCUCUGUGAGGAUAGUGAAUAUUUGACGGAGCCACUGGAUGCCUACGAAUGUUUUCCGGCCAGCGCCUAUGAUUUGUUGCACCGCCUGCUGGAGAUAAAUCCUCAUAAGCGGAUCACCGCCGAUGAGGCACUGCAGCAUCCGUUUUUCACAGCCGCCGAGGAAGCAGAGCAGGCGACGGAUCAUGAUCAAGUGGCAAAUGGAACACCGCGAAAGGUGCGACGGCAAAGGUAUCACAACCACAAAACGGUGCCCGCCACUCCAGAGCAACUGAAGCAACAGGUGGCCCUUGACCUGCAGCAAACGGCCAUUAACAAACUGUGAAACUAGUCCUCAUACAUUACAUACACCACACAGUCUCGUCAUUUGUAUAUAGAGUAUACCCGUAUCACAUAUCACGAUUGUACAUACAUAUAUAAACAACACCCAUCCGAGCACAUCUCAUAUGCACCCAAAGAACUCGUCCAGUGUACAGUGUCCAAGUGCCCAGCUCGGCCGCAUCUACUUACCUCAAGCUGCAGGAAGAAAAACCAAAUGAAGCACUCAACCCACAUAUAUUUAUAGAAAACGUUUCAAUCAUGAACAAAUAGAAAGGAAUACAAAAAAAAAGAAGAGAAUGAUUAUGAAUUAUGGCCGAAUGGCUUGAAAAGAUUGUAUAGAUUAGAUCCGCAAAGGCAACCCAAGUGCAUGACCACCGACCAGUGGCAGGAAUUCCGCACUAUCCAUCAUGUUGAAUAGUUCGAAUAGUUUAAGCUAACCUAAGUAUUGCAUUGUAUAUCAGAAAACCAUGUGAAGGGGGAUAUAUAAAGAAGCAAAAAUAUAUUUAUACCAUGAAGUA